CGGGUCAUGGUUUUGAACAAGGCUCGAAGCCUCGAAGGCCUCCAAUCCUACCUCUCUCAGUUGUUUUAUUGAAGCGCGCACUCAACGUUCUCCAUUGAAGCGCAGUUCACGUUCUCCGUUGAGUCUAAUUCUUGUAUCCUCCAUUGAAGCAGCUUCUGAGGAUUAUUAGCGAAAGAUGGCGGAAGACGCUAUUUUGCUCUAUUUGGAAAAGACCGAAGAAAUUUCAGAUUCUGGAAAAUUUGCCAGUGAAUUUGGGAUUGAUCAUGAUGAAGUGAUCAAUGUUACCAAGAGCCUUAAUGGCUAUGGGCUUGUUCUUGCUCAGGAUAUUAAGAAGGAAAACUGGGUUCUCACUGAAGAAGGAAAACUUUAUGCUGCUGCAGGCUCUCCUGAAAUGCAAGUUUUCUCAGCUAUACCACCCGAGGGUAUUUCGCCUGAUGAACUUCAGAAAAAGGUGGAUCCUUCUGUUUUUAAGAUUGGAUUUUCUCAGGCUAUGAAGAAUAAGUGGGUGGAGAGAGGAAAGCAAUUGGUAUCCAGAAAGGUUCAACAUGUUGACGAUAAGAUCAAGGACUUGCUUACACAUAUACAAGCUGAGAAGGUGGUUAAGCAAGAUGAUAUUGAUGCUCUCAAACGGAGAAAACUGAUAAACUUGCAGACAUGGAAGGGAUAUUCGAUUCGAAAGGGUCCAAAUUAUGCCCCAAAAAGGAAAAAAGCAGCAACUGAUCUGACUCGAGAGCAUUUGCAAAGUGGUGCCUGGAAGGAUUUGGAACUCAAAGAAUACAACUUUAAUGCUAAAGGUCUUCCACCUGAAGGUGGUCAUUUACAUCCCUUACUCAAGGUUCGGAAGCAAUUGAAAGAAAUAUUUCUUCAGAUGGGCUUUGAGGAAAUGCCAACAAACAAUUAUGUCGAAAGCAGCUUUUGGAAUUUUGAUGCAUUGUUCCAGCCACAACAACACCCAGCUCGUGAUUCACAUGACACUUUUUUUCUGAAAGAACCGUCCACUACACAAUGGCUGCCUGAAGAUUAUGUUGAGAGGGUAAAGUGUGUUCACGAAUCGGGUGGUUAUGGUUCCAGAGGGUAUGGAUAUUACUGGAAAAGAGAGGAGGCGAACAAAAAUCUUUUGCGAACACAUACAACUGCUGUUUCUUCAAGAAUGCUAUAUAAACUUGCACAGAAACCAUUUGCUCCUCAAAAAUACUUUUCAAUAGACCGUGUGUUCAGAAAUGAAGCUGUUGACAGGACGCACUUGGCAGAAUUCCAUCAGAUAGAAGGCCUUAUAUGUGAUCGUGGUCUCACCGUAGGGGAUCUUAUUGGCGUACUGCAUGACUUUUUUUCACGUCUAGGGAUGAUGAAACUUCGUUUCAAGCCUGCAUACAACCCUUACACUGAACCUAGUAUGGAAAUAUUCAGUUAUCAUGAAGGCUUUGGAAAGUGGGUGGAGAUAGGAAAUUCGGGUAUGUUCAGACCCGAGAUGUUGCUUCCUAUGGGGCUUCCAGAUGAUGUCCGUGUAGUUGCAUGGGGGUUAUCCCUUGAGAGGCCUACGAUGAUAUUAUAUGGAAUUGAUAAUAUACGAGAUCUAUUCGGGCACAAGGUUGAUCUGGGAUUGAUGAAGAAGAAUCCCAUUUGCAGAAUUGGGCUUGAAUAGCUUUCAAUUUCGAAAGCUAAAUGCAAAUAUUUCAUUUGAUUUUUAUUUUUAGCUUAACUUCUAGCAAAGCUAAAUUAUAUUUUGUGAUAUCAGUUCCAUACCAAUUUUAUAAAUUAAUUCUGUUCUUUUUGGGACAUUUUCUUAAUCGUGUAUUUUUUCCGUUAUUGUUGAUUCCUAACAAUUUGUCGUUGUAACUACUCCAAUGUCUCCCAUUCAAAACUUGUA